AGUUAUGUUAUUGUUUAGUCUGUUGGUUAUAUCUUGCUUAAAUCAACGCAAACUGAAGUAUCUGUUAAUUUCCUCAUCAUGUAAAUCCUCUAUUCUUUUUUUUUGGUACAAGUUAUUGUUUUUACGUUACAACCAGCGCUCUGAUGUGUGGCAAAAGAAGGUCGUACAUUGUGUAUUUGUAAAUGCGUUUUUACGUGUGCGCGCGCGCGCAUCUAUAUGAAAGAUAUUGGCUAUUACCCGCAAAAAUUGGGCCUAAUGGCAGGUUGUGCUGUAUUUUUACAUGUUUGGCAAACCUCCCUCUUCAAUUUAGUAAGAAAUUAGUAUGCAGACGUAAAUAAUUGCUAUCGUCGAUUACGUUUAAAAACAACUUUGUAAACCUGAGCAGACAAGCACUCUGAAUGAGACUGUACAUAGAGAUACUAUAAAUAACAAUAAAAAAAAACGUGAUUUCGGUAACAAAUUUAUUUAGAUACUUUUUUAUUUACAUAUUUAAUAUAUUUAUCACUACACUUAUUUCAGAAUUGUAUAAAUAAAUAUGUAUUGUAUGAUGUGUGUGUGUAUAUAUACACACAUGUAUAUGUGUAUAUACAGUACAUGUAUGUAUGGUAAUGAGUUUACGUAAUUCAGCCACAGAACUUUUCUUAGGGUUAGAGAGUUCCGGUGGGACAGUUUUUGCUGAGGGACAGAUGUCCUGUGUUGUGGUUGUGGUACUAAGAGGCCACUGCGAUAUACUGCUCUGUUACUGAUUAAAAAGACUAAGUGUUAAUGUCCCACAGGUUGUGCUACUUCAACGCAUGUUUUGGUGCCAAGGCUAAGAGGUGCCGCUCUCCCUGCAGCUACAAUGUGGCAGGAAACGCCAAGGCGUAGCUGCAGUGAGUGCGGACACAAAGAGCUGGCUGCUGUUCGCCAUAGACACCCUUUCUGGAGCGUCCUGAAACAGGAACAGAAACAGGCCUCUGAUCGCGAAAUUCAGGCCCUCAGGGGUUCAGACACUGGACUGCACCUGGAAGAAGUCAUGGUUGAUGACUCAGGGGUCAGGUUGUGGUGCGAUCUCUCAACUGGCCAGCGUAGGCCCCUGGUUCCUGUUGGUUGGUGGUGUGCUGAUUUUGAAGCGAUCCAAAGCCUCUCCCAUCCUGGCAGAAAAGCUUCUGCAAGGUUGGCGGCCCAGAAGUUUAUCUGAAGGGGGCAAAAGCAGGAAGUGCGGGUUUGGGCCGACUCAUGUGUGACCUGUGGCGUAAAAGUGCGCCGCCACACCAAGGCCCCAUUGGAGCAGUUUGCUGUUCCCGAGAGGAGGUUCGACCAUGUCAACAUCGACUUGGUGGUCCCACUCCCCUCUUUGCAUGGUUUAACCUACCUCCUUACCAUGGUGAGGGAGGUCAGGGAGAAAAAAGGCAACCUCUCUGUGUUGUGGUUUGACCUGGCGAAUGCAUUCCACUCACUUUUUACAUAAGCUAGUUCAACUUGUGCAAUGCAGAAACUUCAUUGCUGAUUAAUACAACAAUUUCAGUAGGAGGGUCUCAUCUGGAGCAGCUACAUCGAGUUGGCACAAAGUGGAGAUGGGCAUCAUCACUGGGUGUACUAUUUAUUUAUUUAAAAAAUGUUUUUGAGACAAAGAUUGUUUAUGUAUUUAUUAUUUGUAUGCUUACUAUGGUAUAUUAUUUAUUUGUUCACUGUUCUGUUACAGGGAACAAGGAAAUCGGAUAACAUUGCUAUGGUAUGAAAAGGGGUAGGAUUAAAUAAGCUCAGCUUCUUCCUACUCCUUUUCGGACGUGCUGUAAUGAAACACCUGGAAUGGUGUGAUGCAUUACAUUGUAUCGUAUGCAUGUUUGACAUAAACUGAAACUGAACUGAACCCUUGGUAUCAAUACUGUCGAUAUUAGGGUAAUUUCUGGCAAAAAAAACAUUAAUUUAAAGUUAAUGAAGAUAUUAUUUAUUGUUGAUGUAAAUGAAACAUUCAGAGAUGUGUUUGAAAGUAGCCUAGUUUUCAUUGAAUUUGGUCCCCACAGUAGUUUUGUAAUGUUGUGUUCUUCUGCUGUGCCUUGUUCUAAUCAGGGUAUUAAAGUUGUGCAGAAGUAUGUCCACAGGGGGCAACCGCGCUCCUUUUUCAAAUGCCUGCUUGAAUAAAAAUCCUUCAUAUUUACUGCAGCUAGCAAGUCUCACACGUCUUGCAUUUAUUUUAGUUUGCUUAAAAUGUAGUCGUAUAAGCAAUUGCAUUUCAAAAAGUAGGUUAAACAGUCCCCUGUGUAAUAAUAUGUGCAUCAUCAACCCACUUUCCAGUUACAUAAUCCACAGUGGAACCAUCUCCACGCUUGCUGCAUACGUAACUUGUGUGUGGCUGCCGUUUGCACAUUUGCAUCGACCUGCUUUGCUGCUUUUGUUGGCCAGUUCAUGAGCGGGAUCAAAAGUGUAUGACCCAGCUUCAGCACCACGGACAGCUCCGCGCAUCCCAGCCGUCCGGCGCCGCUCGUGUCCCGGGGAAUCACGGCCAACGUUCGGCCGGCCCUCCGAGCUCAUGACAGAGUGCACUUUGGUGAGACUAUUCCUCUUCUCUCCCUCGGAAGUGACGGAUGUGUCAGCGUUGAGGAGCUCCCGCCAUGAUCUCACGAUACAAACCGAGUUCCAGUUCCACCAUGUCCUUGGCGUUCUGUGGGAGCGAGAAUAACUCAGCCGCCUACAACGUGGACGGGGGCGUCCUGAACAAUGGCUGCUUCCUGGACGCACUCAACGUGGGGCCGCACGUCUUCCUCCUCUUCAUCACGUUCCCCAUCCUCUUCAUCGGCUGGGGCAGUCAGAGUUCCAAGGUGCACAUCCACCACAGCACCUGGCUACACUUCCCUGGUCACAACCUGCGGUGGCUGCUCACCUUCGUGCUGCUCUUCGUCCUCGUCUGUGAGAUUGCAGAGGGCGUCGUCUCCGACGGGUUCAGGUUCAGCCAGUCCAACCAUCUUCACCUGUACAUGCCUGCAGGCCUGGCCUUCAUGGCGGGCAUCACCUCGAUUGUCUACUAUCAUAACAUUGAGACCUCCAACUUCCCCAAACUACUCCUAGUGCUCCUCAUCUACUGGGUUCUGACCUUCAUCAUGAAGACCAUCAAGUUUGCCAAAUACACACAGCACGGCAUCGGCCCCAGACAGCUGCGCUAUUGCAUCACGGGCUUACUGGUGCUGCUCUAUGGUCUCCUGUUGGCUGUGGAGAUCAAUGUGAUCUUGGGCAGACGAUACAUGUGUUUCGCCAACCCGACAGAAGUAAAGCCCCCCGAGGACCUUCAGGACCUGGGAGUUCGUUUCCUGCAGCCAUUUGUCAACCUGUUGUCCAAAGCCACCUACUGGUGGAUGAACACCUUCAUAACAGCUGCCCACAGACGACCUAUUGACCUCAAAGUCAUCGGCAAGCUGCCCAUAGCAAUGAGGGCCCUCACUAACUACAUGAAGCUGCGCAGGGCCUUCGAAGACCAGAAGAGACCUCAAGGCACGUCACUGCAGGGCCCCAAGUGGAUCUGGCAAGCCUUGAGAAAAGCGUUCGGCCGACCUCUCAUUCUCAGCAUUACAUUCCGCUUCCUGGCCGACCUGCUGGGUUUUGCUGGUCCACUCUGCAUCUCCGGCAUCGUCCACCACAUCAGCAAGAACAACAGGACCAUCCAGCAACCGGUGAGAGCAUCAUCAACAACCUUCAUGAAGUUGUUGGGCAUCUACUUCAUUUCCUCCAAGGAGUUUCUGGAGAAUGCAUAUGUGCUGGCCGUGUUGCUCUUCUUCGCACUGCUCCUGCAGAGAACCUUCCUCCAGGCCUCCUAUUAUGUGGCGAUUGAGACGGGCAUCAAGCUACGUGGCGCCAUUCAGACCAAAAUCUACAACAAGAUCAUGCGUUUGUGCACAUCCAACAUGUCCAUGGGCGAGCUAACUGUGGCUCAGAUUUGCAACCUGGUUGCCAUAGAUACCAACCAGCUUAUGUGGUUCUUCUUCCUCUGUCCGAACCUGUGGGCGAUGCCAGUCCAGAUUGUAGUGGGAGUGAUCCUGCUUUAUUACCUCUUGGGAAUCAGUGCCUUGAUUGGAGCGACUGUCAUUGCUGUGUUAGCACCUGUCCAGUAUUUUGUGGCCACAAAGCUGUCACAGACACAAAAGAGCACUCUGGAAUACUCCAGUGAGCGCCUCAAAAAGACCAAUGAACUUCUACGGGGCAUCAAACUGCUGAAGUUGUAUGCGUGGGAACGUAUUUUCUGUGAAAGUGUGGAGGAGACCAGAAGCAAGGAGUUGACCAGCUUGCAAGCAUUUGCUCUUUACACAUCCAUAUCUAUUUUCAUGAAUGCAGCUAUUCCCAUUGCAGCUGUGUUGACAACGUUUGUUGUUCAUGUGCACAUCUCCGAGGACGCUGACCUGUCUCCAGCUGUGGCCUUUGCCUCCCUGUCCCUCUUCCAUAUCCUGGUCACGCCUCUCUUCUUGCUCUCCAGCGUGGUGCGCUCGACUGUCAAAGCUCUCGUCAGUGUUCAAAAGCUGAGCGAGUUUUUCUCAAGUGAUGAGAUCGGAGAUGAGUUGGAAACCAGACCAACGCUGACCUUGGGCUCCAACAAUCAUAACCAAAAUAGGUACCAGGCUGUGUCAUCCUCGAAAGCGCGCCCUUCUUUAGCUUGUUUGUCUGAACUCCCCCAGCCCCUUAAGGUUGUGAACAGGAAGCGCCCCCCAAGGGACGACUGGAACAACUACACCUCGUCGCAGGGGGAUAACGAGGGCGAUGGACCCUCCCUGGUUGUGGACCAAGACAUCUGUAUCAAGAUAUGCAGUGGGUUCUUCACCUGGACUGACGGACCACCAACCCUCGUCAAUGUGGACAUCAUGAUUCCUUUUGGUAAGCUGACCAUGAUAGUGGGCCAAGUGGGUUGUGGUAAAUCCUCCUUGUUGCUGGCAGCUUUGGGCGAGAUGCAAAGAAUAUCAGGAACAGUCACCUGGAACAGCCUACCCAACCCAGAGUCGGAAGGUGACGAAAGUCCCACAGACAGAGAUGCUGCCAGUGACGGGGAUAUCAAGAAGAGAUGUGCUGUGGCCUACGCUUCCCAGAAGCCCUGGCUGCUGAACGCCACCGUGGUAGAGAACAUUACGUUUGAGAUGCCAAUGAUCAAAACCAGAUACAAUGCUGUCAUUGAGGCCUGCUCUCUUCAGCCUGACAUCGACAUCCUGCCACAGGGGGACCAGACAGAGAUUGGAGAGAGGGGUAUCAUCCUCUCGGGUGGGCAGAAGCAGCGCAUCAGUGUGGCCCGAGCCUUGUAUCAGCAGACAAAUGUGGUCUUUCUGGACGACCCAUUCUCUGCUCUAGAUAUUCACUUGAGUGACCAUCUGAUGCAAGAUGGGAUCCUCAGGCUCCUGAGAGAGGAGAAGAGGACAGUGGUGCUGGUCACGCACAAACUUCAGUACUUACCACAAGCAGACUGGAUUAUUGCCAUGAAAGACGGCACCAUCCAGACCGAAGGGACUCUGAAGGACAUCCAGAACUGUGAACCUGAGCUCUUUGAGCAGUGGAAAACGCUGAUGCACAGACAGGACCAAGAGUUUGAGACGGAGACCGUAGCAUCCAGUAUGACACAUAUGGAAAGAAAAAAUCUGCGGAGAGCUAUGUACUCCAGAGAGGCUGCUAAGACUGAGGAGGACGAGGAAGGUGACACCCCCUGGACUUUCGCCAUGACUCCAGCACCAGGUUUUACGCUCAUGUUCGAUCAAACAGAAGAAUCCCUGGAGAGUGACGAUGACGACAGCUUGUCGCAGGUAAUGCGUCAACGAGCCACCAUUCCCUGGCACUCCUGCGGCACCUACCUGUCCUCGGCCGGCCUCCUCCUUCUCACGCUGCUCCUCCUGUCACAGCUCCUAAAACAUUCCUUCAUGGUGUCCAUUGACUACUGGCUGGCACAUUGGACGUCACACGUCAUCACGGCCAAGUCGGACACCACAGCACGCAACUGUACGCUUGUUCAGGACUGUGGCUUCAGCCACUCGUGGUAUUUGUUCGUGUUCAGCGUGUUGUGCUGCCUGGGCAUCAUCCUGUGUUUGGCCACUUCUGUUGCUGUGGAGUGGACCGGCCUCAAAGUGGCCAAGAAGCUCCAUCAGAACCUCCUCAACAAGAUCAUCCUGGCCCCCAUGAGGUUGUUUGAGACCACUCCGCUUGGCAGCAUCCUCAACCGCUUUUCCACCGACACGAACACAAUAGACCAACACAUCCCGACCACGCUGGAGUGUCUCAGUCGCUCUACCCUGCUGUGUGUGUCCGCCCUGGGGGUCAUCUCCUACGUCACCCCCGUCUUCCUCAUCGCUCUCCUGCCGCUGGCUGUCACCUGCUACUUCAUCCAGAAAUAUUUUAGAGUGGCUUCCAGGGACCUGCAACAGCUGGAGGAUGGCACCCAACUGCCUUUGCUCUCCCACUUCUCCGAGACCGUGGAAGGGCUCCCCACUAUCAGGGCCCUCAGGUACGAGCCCAGGUUCAGACAGAGGUUACUUCAGUUCACAGACGCCAACAACAUCGCAUCGCUCUUCCUCACUGCAGCCAAUCGGUGGCUGGAAGUGCGCAUGGAAUAUAUUGGAGCCUGUGUGGUGUUGGUCGCCGCUGUGGCUUCCAUCACAAACUCAUUGUACAACCAACUGCCUCCUGGCCUGGUGGGGCUGGGUCUCACCUACGCGCUCAUGGUGUCCAACUACAUGAACUGGAUGGUGCGUAACCUGGCAGACAUGGAAGUGCAGCUGGGCUCGGUCAAGAGGAUUAAUGGCCUCCUCAAAACAGCACCCGAGAACUACGAGGGUCUGCUCACUACAUCUCAGGUCCCCGAGGGCUGGCCCCGACAUGGAGAGAUCCAGAUCCAGAAUCUAAGUGUCCGUUACGACGCCACGCUGAAGCCUGUGCUCAAAAACGUCCACGCGCACAUCAACCCUGGACAGAAGGUGGGGAUCUGUGGCAGGACAGGCAGCGGCAAAUCUUCUUUCUCUUUGGCCUUCUUCCGCAUGGUGGACAUGUUUGAAGGGAAGAUAGUGAUCGACGACAUCGACAUUGCUAAGCUGCCCCUGCACACUCUGAGGUCUCGUCUGUCCAUUAUUCUGCAAGACCCCAUCCUCUUCAGCGGCACCAUUAGGUUCAACCUGGACCCAGAAAUGAAGGCCACAGAUGAGAUGCUUUGGGAGGCUUUGGAGAUUGCUCAGCUGAAGCCUGUUGUUAAAUCGCUGCCAGGGGGGCUGGACGCCAACGUGACGGAGGGCGGAGAGAACUUCAGCCAGGGUCAGCGUCAACUCUUCUGUCUGGCCAGGGCCUUCGUGAGGAAGAGCAGCAUCCUCAUCAUGGACGAGGCCACGGCCUCCAUCGACAUGGCGACGGAGAGCAUCCUGCAGAAAGUGGUGAUGACUUCCUUUGCAGACCGAACAGUCGUUACAAUAGCACAUCGCGUCCACACCAUCCUGAAUGCCGAUCUGGUGAUUGUGAUGAAGCGGGGCAUCAUCCUGGAGCACGACGAGCCUCAGGCCCUGCUGGACAAGGAGGACAGCGUCUUUGCCUCCUUCGUGAGAGCAGACAAGUAGCACAGUGAAGGAGGCUGAAGGAAGACAUUCAAAGUGCAAUUGGGAUAUUUGACCUUGAUUUUUUUUAUUCAUAGUGUAUUAUACUUGUAUAUAGCAUACUCAAACGUUUGUUAAUAAAGUAUAUA